CGUGCAAGGAGGUUGGCGAGGCCUCGGGGGACUCCCAGUUCAGCGAAUCGGUUAGCCUUCCUCUACCUUAGUCACUUCCCCGUGAUGCAUUCCGUGUUUGUGUACACGGUUAUUCCACGUGUCAGUCAGUUCAUCGGGUGCAUCUGGAGUCAUUGAAAACAGUAAUAGGAAGUCAAACAAACCCGCUUGAUGCAAAAAUUCAGGAGGACAUUCGGUUUUUAAGGAAAUAGUGCUGACGAAGGACCAGGCUGGAGCUCUUUGGAACCUGAGACUGGGAGGACAGACCAAUCUGAGGUCAGAGUUAGCAGCAGGAUACAUCCUGGUCCUCUCUUGCCCCUGAGAUCUCGCUGGGGCUGAUGGCACUGCCACUGCUAUGGUUGGGGUUACUUUCUCAUGUUUUGAUGGAAGUCAAGAAGAUACCAGUGGAAGAGGGGCUGUGCACUACAAUCCCUUGUGCAUUUGAAUUUCCUAAAGAACCCCCAAGCAAUUCCGUGAUCAUGUGCUACUGGCUCAACAAAAACAUCAGCUCCCUGGUAGCUACAAAUAAACCCAGUGCUACCAUUGGUGAUAACACCAAGGACAAAUUUUACAUGACUGGGAAUCUUGCUGAAGAAGGCUGUACCCUACUCAUCCACAUUAUACUCAAAGGGAACAGCAUAACAUAUUUACUCUACGCAGAUCUAGGAGAACAAAAAAGUGCUUUCCUGCGGGAGAAUAUCAAACUCUUUGUGUCAGAGCUAACCCAAAAGCCAGAGCUUCACAUCCCAGAGAUUCUUCUGGCUGAGAAGCCUGUGACCUUGAACUGUACCCUCAAAGGCACCUGCAAAGAAACCAAAGCCCUCUUCCACUCCCGGAAGAACUCAGCUAUCUCCAGCAGCUCCUCCCCAGUGCUGCACUUCACCCUGAGGCCUGAGGACCAUGGCAACACCCUUGGAUGUCACUUGAACUUCUCCCUAGCCAACGUGACCAAAAACAGUGUGGUCAAUCUCCAAGUGGUCUCACCUGCCAGGCUAUUCAAUUCCUCUUGUUCCUUGGAGAAGAGAGUUCUGUGCAGCUGUUCCUUCCACGGGAUCCCCACGCCGUCCAUGCAGUGGUGGAUGGGAGGUGUCCCUGUGGAUGUGAACAGCAUGGAUAACAUCCUCCAGGUGACUUCUUCCACACGUGCCCCCUGGGCCAACAGCACCAUCAACCUCAUCGGGGAGCCAGAGAUAGUCAUGAGACUUCACUGUGAGGGGAAGAACCAAUAUGGAAUUCACACUUCUAGCAUCUUCCUGAUGCCAAAUAAGAAAGCAGUUUCCAGUGUGUUCGUGAAAGGAUUAAUCCAGGGCAUUGUAUAUGGAGCCAUCGCAUUCUCAUUGCUCUUCUUCUGCCUCGUCCUCUUGUCAAUGAAGAUGCUUACCUGGUGGGAGGAGCAUCAGAGGCCCAAGACCAAAGAAGUCCUGCCCCUUAAGAAACCAGAGCUGCUGGAGGAAACAGAAGUACCCGAAAUGCCUGAAGCUGACACCUCACCAGACCAGGCUGGAGUCUAGGGCUCUGGAGAGAAAGAGGAGUGUAGACUCCGAGAUGGAUCAUGGCACGCGGCCCAGGCCAUGGAAACCUGGCCCAGGCAGGGGUGCGACUCCAUCCCAGACUCCAGACCCAGAGGCCGACGCCCGGCUCUCACCCAUUUCCUCGGGAAACAUGCCCCGGGGCCUCCCCAGCGCCAGCCCUCAUGUUAGCCAAUGUAGGGGACACGCCUAACACCUGACACCUGCCCGAGGGACACACCACCCCAGCAGCCAGGCUGGCAGGAGCAGAAACAAAACACACAGGGACACACCAGGCGGGCAGCAUCAGGAAACAGGCUGCUGCCGCCACAGGGGCCGCUGUGAGCCCCGAGUGGAUCCAAUCGAGCCUCAGCCUUCUUCAGAGAGAGAAACUGAAGCAUGCUCAGCACGAUGGGAAGUGGCUGAAACCCUGAAGAACCCCCAAGAGCACAUCCACGGGGACACUGGGAACCAUGAGGCCCCGUCCUCUGCACAUCUGCAUUGCAAACAGAGAAACUGAGGCUCACCGUGCCUCGGGCCACACUGCAAGGCUGUGCGCUGCUCAGGACUCCGGAACCCCGGACCCUUGCCCCGCGCUGCAGCGACUGACCCUGUCCUGAAAAUUUUCUCCUGACUUUAUGAGACUCUAGUGCAGAGGUUGCCAACUCAAAUGCUCACAGCCACCAGGCAGGGAACAAGAGGGGCACAGCUGGCCUAAUGGGGGCCGUGUCUGUCUUGAAAGCAGCCGCCCCUCCUGAAGGCGGCGGCUCACAGUGGCGGAACUCCCUCUAACUCCUCCC